AUGAGCCGCGGAGGGGCGCCCCUGGCCCCCCCCGCAGGCGCCGAGCCCCCGCCCCGCCGCGCCUCCAGCAAGCUGCUGCUGCUGCUCGGCUCGCUGCUCACGUCUCUCUACGCCAGCUACUGCCUCGCCGGCGCCGGGCGCGCGCUCCCCGGGGCUCGGCGGGAGGAGGCGCCCCUCGGGCAAGCCCCGCCGGCGGGAGAGGGCACCAAGCGCCUGCCGCGGGCGCUCAUCGUGGGCGUGAAGAAGGGCGGCACCCGGGCGCUGCUCGAGUUCCUGCGGCUGCACCCCGACGUCCGGGCGGCGGGAGCCGAGCCCCACUUCUUCGACCGCCACUAUGCCCGCGGGCUCGCCUGGUACAGGGAUUUGAUGCCAAGAACACUUGAUGGGCAGAUCACCAUGGAGAAAACUCCCAGCUACUUUGUCACCAAGGAAGCGCCUGCUCGCAUUUCUGCCAUGUCAAAGGGCACCAAGCUCAUUGUGGUGGUGAGAGACCCAGUUACAAGAGCCAUUUCUGACUACACACAGACUCUGUCCAAGAAGCCCGACAUCCCCACUUUCGAGAGUCUGACCUUCAAAAACAGGACUACAGGCCUCAUUGAUACCGCCUGGAGUGCCAUCCAGAUUGGCAUUUAUGCCAAGCAUCUGGAAAAUUGGCUCCUAUAUUUCCCUAUUAGGCAGAUCCUCUUUGUCAGUGGGGAAAGGCUAAUCAGUGACCCUGCUGGCGAGUUAGGCCGGGUACAGGACUUCUUGGGUCUCAAAAGGAUCAUCACAGAUAAACACUUCUACUUCAACAAGACCAAGGGCUUCCCAUGUCUGAAAAAGGCAGAAGGCAGUAGCAAGCCUCAUUGCCUUGGCAAAACAAAAGGGCGGCCCCAUCCUAAGAUCGACCAGAAGGUGGUCCAGAGGCUACGAGAGUUCUACAGACCUUUCAACAUGAAGUUCUACCAGAUGACUGGGCAGGACUUUGGCUGGGAUUGAGGCUGGGAAAAAUAAUUUAACUUAAUAAAAAAGAAAAUAUAUUUUUGUAUGUAUUGAUAGAGAAGAGAAAUUAAUAUUUGUGCUGAUGUGUGGCAGUUCCAGUUAGUAUUUUCAUUUUGGC